AUGGUUCUUGCUUUGAUUCUCGCGAGGAUUGCCUUCCUCGCCUCGCUCUCCUCGGCCUCUGUUAUCGGCAGUCGCCAGGCUUCUGCGAGCGUCAACGAUGCCUUUGUUGGCCACGGCAAGAAGUACUUCGGUACCUGUGGUGACCAAGGCACUUUGUCGAACGGCGCUACCUCGGCCAUUGUCCAGGCUGAUUUCGGCCAACUUACUCCGGAGAAUAGCAUGAAGUGGGAUGCUACCGAGCCAUCCCAAGGCAGCUUCAACUUUGGUGGAUCCGACUACCUUGUUGACUAUGCUACGUCGAACAACAAGAAGAUCCGUGGCCAUACUUUGGUCUGGCACUCCCAGCUCCCAUCCUGGGUUCAAGGUAUCACCGACAAAGACACCUUGACAUCGGUCUUGCAGAGCCACAUCACCAACGUCAUGGGCCGCUACAAGGGCAAGAUCUAUGCUUGGGAUGUGGUCAACGAGAUCCUCAACGAGGACGGCACCCUGCGUUCCAGCGUUUUCUCCAAUGUACUGGGAGAAGACUUUGUUCGCAUCGCCUUCGAGACUGCCCGAUCGGUUGACCCGUCGGCCAAGCUCUACAUCAACGACUACAACCUCGACUCUGCCAACUAUGGCAAGACCCAGGGAAUGGCCAGCCUUGUCAAGAAGUGGCUGUCUCAGGGCAUUCCCAUCGAUGGCAUCGGCUCCCAGACUCACCUUGGCGCCGGUGCAUCGGGAACCCCCUUUACUGCUUUGAGCACCCUAGCUUCCUCCGGCGUCUCCGAAGUCGCCAUUACCGAGCUUGAUAUUGCCGGCGCCAGUGACGAUGACUACGUCAAUGUUGUCAACGCCUGCCUCGACGUCGAGAACUGCGUUGGAAUCACCGUUUGGGGAGUCUCUGACUCGCAAUCCUGGCGCUCGGGUGACAGCCCAUUGCUCUUCGAUGGAAGCUUCCAGCCUAAGUCUGCUUACAACGCCAUCCUCGGUGCUCUGUAA